UCAUUUUGUUUGGAAUAAAAUACUAGUGGGGAAAUUCCAAAGUCAAUUUUCCGCGUUCAUUACACGGAAGCACAUUAGCACACCAUACAAGUAUACAACUACUAAUUCUUUCAUCUACCUCAAUAUUUUUGCUCUCAUCUUACCAUUAAUUAUCUCAGGAUUGUUGUUAUUGUCUAAUCUCAAAUUAAGUGAUUAAUUUGAGAUAUUGGAGUUAUGGAAGCUAAGAUUUUCCAGAGCAUUAAGCCUUACAAAUGGGGGGAUACAACAAAUAUGAUGAAGAAACCCAGUUCAAUUUUCCCGGUUUCUCACAGAUUUAAGGAUAAUUUAGGGACACAGAUGUUUAUGAAUGUUCAAUCAAAUAAGAAAACUUCAGUUCAUUACAAACCAGUUCUUUUGAAGGUUUCAUGUUGUUUGAAGAAUUCUACAGGUUCAGUGCUCAAGUCUGGUGGCAUUCCUGCUGCUUUCGAUGAGUCCUUGGGUUUGAAGAAAAAGUCAGCAGAGGUGGAACAACUUCUGGAUGGACGCUGCAUAUACCUUGUUGGUAUGAUGGGCUCUGGGAAAACAACUAUUGGCAGGGUUUUGUCAGAUGCACUUACUUAUUCGUUUGCUGAUAGUGACUUAUUGGUGGAGCAGACAAUGGGGGGAACGUCUGUUGCAGAUAUCUUCAAGCAACACGGAGAAUGCUUCUUCAGGGAAAAAGAGACUGAGGCGUUGAAGGAGCUAUCUAUGAUGCAUCGAUUAGUUAUCUCCACUGGGGGAGGGGCUGUUAUACGGCCCAUCAAUUGGAAACAUAUGCGAAGUGGUAUUAGUGUUUGGUUAGAUGUUCCAUUGGAAUGCUUAGCACGGAGGAUUUCGUCAGUAGGGACCAGCAGUCGUCCUCUGCUGCAUGGUGAAUCGGGGGAUGCUUACUCCAAGGCAUUGACACGCUUGUCCACACUAUUAGAAGAAAGGGGUGAAGCUUAUGCCAAUUCUAGCAUUCGGGUUUCGUUGGAACAUAUUGCAUCUAAACAAGGGCAUGUAAAUGUGGAUAGUCUUAGUCCAGCUAGUAUUGCGGCGGAGGUGGUUGAGCAAAUUGAGAGCUUUCUUAAGGAAUAAAGAUGAUGGCUUUGACACAUAAACCAUACUAUUCUUUUGCACAUAUAUAUACGAUUGUGGUUGUAUCUGGUACUGUCAUAUAGCACAGCAUGGCGUGUUUCUCGAACUGGUAUUUGUUUCAAGCUUAAUAAAUUUUUGGGAUUUUGGUAGUCUAAACUUGGUACAUUGUAACUGUUUGGAGUUUUGAUCUGUUGUAAUAGUAACAUUAGUUUUGGAAUUAUAACCUUGUAGAUUGUUGCUGUUGUACUCGUUGUUCCUCUAUAAUACUGUUGUAAUAAUAUCAAUGUGUAUUUCAGAAUA